CCCGAUGACACACAUCCUUCACUACCACAGCAGGAUGGCAAGGACGUCUGCCUCAAGUUCUUGUCUAAGAGGGGCUGCCCGUCAAAAGAUCCCAGUGUGUGCAUCUUCCAGAGCAGAGUUCAUUUCUACCCAGCGGCGAUUUCCGACCAGCUUCGCAACUUCAUUUCAUUCGCCGCAGGUUCGGCGGUGUGA